CGGAACGUACGGAAGCGACUUAUGCGGACUGCUGUGGUUUGUCCGAGGCAGAGCCAGCGAGGCGGUCCCCCUUUAACACCACCGAGACGACGGCGGUUGCUAGUUAGCGCAAACACCCUGUCUUUAACACAGGAAAGGCAGCGUGUGACAUGUAAUUUGGAUGGCUAAGAUUCCUGUAGUGACUGGCUAAGUUGUUGCAGACGACACAUCUGGGAGAAACCUUCAAGCUGCCUCUCCCGGUGUCUCGCUCUCCCCCCUAAUCUAGUCGAGAUGUCAGCUUUCUCUGAGGCGGCUUUAGAGAAGAAACUAUCCGAGCUUAGCAACUCCCAGCAAAGUGUGCAGACGUUGUCGUUGUGGCUCAUUCAUCACAGAAAACACUCGAAGACCAUUGUCAAUGUUUGGUUCAACGAACUGAAGAAAGCUCAGGUAUCACGCAAGCUGACCUUCCUUUACUUGGCCAAUGAUGUCAUUCAGAACAGCAAGAAAAAAGGACCAGAGUUCACCCAGGACUUUGCACCGGUCAUCGUUGAUGCAUUCAAACAUGUGUACAGAGAGGGCGAGGAGGGCUGUAAGAAACAGUUGGGUCGGGUUUUGUCCAUCUGGCAGGAGAGAGCUGUGUACGAGAACAACCUGCUGGAUCAACUCUCACAAGUCCUAUAUGGAGAAAAGAAGGCUAAGAAGAGGACAUAUGAGGAAAUCCAACCAGAUGAUGAGGACUUUGCCUCCCAGAGCUCCCCAGCUGAGCCCCCACAGACAGCAGAGUUAAUCCGAGCUCUGCAGGAGCUGGAAAAUGCAGCCUCUGGCGACUCAGUGCUGCGUCAGCGAAUCUCCUCCCUUCCUGCUGAGGUGCAGGACACGUCACUGCUUCACAGGAUCACAGAUAAAGAAUCAGGGGAGCGGCUCUCCCGGCUGGUGGAGGAGGCCUGCAUGCUGCUAGCAGAUUACAGUGGUCGCUUGGCAGCAGAAAUAGACGAUAGGAGGCAGCUCACGCGCACACUAACGGUCUUCCUGCAAAGCCAGAAGGACGGCCUGGCCCAGAACGAGCAGAAACUUGAAGAGUACAAACGUAAACUGGCAAGGGUGACCCAGGUCCGGAAGGAGCUGCGUUCGCGUCUGAACAAUCUCCCAGGAGGACUCUACAACUCGUCAGAGUGACUCAAGUUUCACCCUGAAACAUCUCAGCCUGUCUCUUAGAUAUUUGACAUUGCCAUAGCCCUCUGUUUUUGAUUUUGGAAAGUGUCUGUGUGUCCCUGUAUGGUGACCUGUGGUUCUCGCUCUGUUUUAAACAGAUCAUUUAUCCACAUGGCUGUUUUUCUGUUUGUAAGUUUGUAUCUUUUUGUGCUGUACGUUAUCAGUACACUGUACAUGAAGAUUUAUAAUCAGACACAGGCCUCUCAUGCUUUGGCCCCUGCCCAUCUAACCCUGACAGCUUUAAAGUGCUAUGGACGAUGCUGGUGUGAUAUUUUUGUAUUUAUGGUGAUUUGAGAUAAUGUACCAGAGUAUAUCCCUUUAGUGUGAUCAUAAUUUUCAGUAUUUUGGAUUGCUGUCUUAACUUUCAUUUACUCCUUGUUUCUAGCUCUUGGUUAUAGAUUAUUGCAGCAGUUUUCAAACUGAGAUUAUUAUUUUUAUGUGGUGUGGUACAGCCUCUGAAGAGAACUGUGUACUUGUGAAAUCAUUAGGAAACCAUAUUCUGAAGCUGAGUAGUAAGCCAUCUUCCUAAUAGCAAGCAUAUGUAAUUAUAAUUUACAAAAAGCCUCUUUGUGAGAGGGGUGUGUAAAUCAUUGGUAAGUGUACACUUUCAAAAUUGCAUGUAAAUAUGGAGUUAUACCUUUAAGUGCUCAUGAUUUGUAUCCAUGUGAAUAUGGCUUGGACACUCAUUCAGACAAAUUACUGAUUUACCUCUGUACAACCUUAUCUUUGUAGUUUCCCCACACCUACACAGUAAUGAAGGAGUCUGUUGUCUUGUUUACUGUAACAUCCAGCUUCAUAGUUUUAACCUUAAGUCUACUGAAUGCUGUGCUGAUGCUUCACACAGCUUGAGAAGUGCCCCAGUUUCCAAAGCCAGACUCUAAAGCAGCUGUUUGUUUUUGUAAAUAUGAAGCAAAAAUAUUCUAAGAACCAAAUAAACAGAAAAUGUAUGAA